CAAAAGCCGGUUAGCUGGGCAAAACACACAAGGUUAAAUGCCCUAAUCUCGGUUCGCAGCCGCACUUCAUAUUAUUUUUCCCUACGCUUCGUCUUCAAUUCCACCGGAUGCCAAUCAAUCUCUGUCGACCCAGAGCUAAAGUCUAUCAGACUUGUCAUCUCUGUCGCCGCGCGUAUAGUAAGUUAAUGGGAGCGGGGCGAUUCUGGACUGGGAAGGCAUGGGAGAGGAUCUAUUUUGGGCCAUCUGCGGCGGCGUAAGUUUCUGAGUGAUACUGGCGUACGAAAUCGAACGAGAAGAACCAAUACAAUGUGUUCGGCGCUGAACCAAGCCAAUGCUUUGUACGAGUUCAUGACCCAAUACAUUAGCUUCAGCUCUAAACAGGCGUACCUGAAGUACAAAGAUAUGGACAUCGGCACCAACGAGAAGAACCAAUCCAAUGUGUUCGGCCCCAUGUACUUCCGUAACAACUUACAGGGUUAUUUGAUUGGUUUUUGCUUCGUUGAAUUGCUUGGUUUAUUUGUUUCGUGUAAUUGCUUGGCUGAAUCGCUGAUUCAUCCUUCCUAUCCUCACUCUAUUUCUGAAAACGAUGGAAAGUUGGAGGGAGUUUGGUCCAAAUGAACCGCUGCCAAAGCCCCAUAUAUCCUCACUGUUGUGCAUACCAUAUUUGCAAUCUGCUCUAUAUAUCUCGAGUGAGAGCUAGCAAUUAAUGUCCCACCCUUAGCAAUCACUUUGUGCAAGUGUUUGAGCUAUGUGGCGGGCUUGAUGGUUUUGUCAAAGCUAGAUAGAGCAAAGUAGCUGUCCUAGAACCACAUAGUUAAACCAUGAUCAGCAAACACCCACAUGAGUUCUUCGUUGUGUCAAAUUUGACAAUUCACUAUUUUGCAUUAAGGUGCAAGUGAGGGGAAUAAUCCAAAGUCAGUUGAUGUCUUCUAUACAUCCCGCAAGAAAGGUGAUAAGCUUCCAAGUAUAGAGAGAUCAGAGAAAUAUCUUCUUGUGAGCGUAUUGUAAUCGAGCUAGUCAACAAGGGUGAAAUGCAAUAGCUACGAGAUAAGCUUGCAGUGGUAGAGCGCACUCCAAAGGCAGAAGCACAGCUAAAAGAAGAAAUCCACGAGACAAUAAAAAAGACCUUUCACUUUCUAAUGUCGCGGUAGCACAAAAAGUUUUAAGUCUCGGGAUAAGGUUGUGUGUUCUGGAGGAGGAACAAAUCGUGAGGAAAUAAUUGGGCAACAACCUAGCAGAGAAAAGCUUCAAGCUAAGUUGAGUGCUACUAAAAACAGAAACAAUUUCUCGCCAAUCACAUGGAAACAAUUCAAGAAGAAAAACAUGGCAUUUAAGGAUCGUAUGGGUUCUGCUCAAAUGCAUAUCUUUCAAGAGAUAUUGAUGAAACAACUUAAUGUUUCCAUCCCUUCUUAGAGUGGAUCAUAAGGUGUUUAAAUAUGAGAAGUUGGAGCAGUGCCGUCGAAUGAUUACUUUGUGGCUUAGGGUUCACGUUUAUGUAUAGUUCUUCAGAUACAUAUGUUUGACAAUUAAGUAUGGGAUUUUUUUUGUUUUUGUUUAUGAGGAUGAUUACUAUUUUGUGUCAACUUAUUGUAAUUGUUAUAUGUAAAAUAUUAUUGAUUUAUUGAUCGUAGAAUUUAUUAAAAACUUAGUUGUUAUAUGUUGUUGAAUGUACAAGUAUUGAUUUUACAUGGGGUUUGAAACUUUGUAUGCAAGUUGGUUGUGGUUAUGAAAA